AUGGUGAGCAGUAUUUCUUCUUCGAUGAAAGAUGUUGUACAUAUUUUUCCAGUAAGGCAUAUUGUUGCAUCCCAAUUGUUUAGUUUAAUAAAAAAGAUAGUUUUGGGACUGGAAAACAUUGGCUUUGAUGUGUUAGGUGUUGUUACAGACAACAAUUCAAUCAAUCGUAAAGCUAUGUCUUCUUUCAGUGAUCCUCCAAAAUUUCAAGUUAUGUAUUCACAUCCAGCUAACGACUCCAGAUUUCUUUACUAUCUUAUUGAUACAGUUCAUUUAAUGAAAUCUAUCCGAAACAAUUGGUUUAAUCAAAAGAAUGGUAAUUUUAUGUAUUAUCCUCCAUUUGAAGGUGGAGAUAAAUUUCAAACUGCUUCACUUGAUGUGUUGAGGAAGAUGUAUGAAAUUGAGUCCAAACAGUUACUGAAGUUUGGUUAUGGUCUCACGCGAAAGGCUCUUUGGCCGACGAAUUUAGAAAGGCAGAAUGUUGGUCUUGCUUUAAAGAUAUUUAACAGAAAUCUGGUUCAAGGAAUAUUACAGUUGGGAGAAAAAUAUAAUCUACCACAUUAUCAAGAAACUGCAAACUUUAUUGACAUAUUUUGUAAUUGGUGGGACAUUGUUAAUGUCAAAUCUUCUUUUAAAGGUAAAUUUAAAAGAAACCCCAUGUGUGAACCAAUUACUAACUCUCCUGAUGAUGUAAAAAAAAUAUUUUUAAAAAAAUUUAUAAGUUGGUUAGACAAGUGGGAAGCAAUGAAUGCUGAUAAUGGGAGACUCAGUAGAGAAACACAUUCAGCUUUACGUCACACAACACAGGCUUUUUUAAGUUUAACAGAAUAUUGCUCUAAUCAUCUAAAUAUGUCAUAUUUAUUAUUAGGGAAAAUUCAGACCGAUAAGCUAGAAUCACGAUUUGGCCAAUACAGAAGCUUAUCUGGUGAUCAAUAUCAUGUAUCUAUCCGUCAACUUUAUGAAGCAGAAAAUAAACUUCGCAUAAGCAGGGAAUUAAAGCUUACAUCUCAUACUUCUGGCAGUUUCAAUGUAAAUAUAUUUGAUGAUUCUGAUUUCGAUGAAACAGCAGACACCAAAGACAGUAUUGAGGAGUUAUUUGAAGAAAUUGAAGUAAUGGAUUCUGAUAUAGAUAAAGUAGCCGAUUUGUUGCCUAUUAUUACAUAUUUAGCAGGCUAUUGUGCACACGCUGUUCUUAAAAAUAUAAAAUGCAUAGACUGCAGAGAAAAAAUGUUAACCGACAAGGAAAUGAAUGUUGACGUAAAUUGCCAGUUUAUAAGAAAUUGCGAUAGGGGUGGGUUACUUUAUCCAUCAGAAUUCAUUACCAAUGUUGUCCUUCAUGUUUAUAUAGUGACCCAAAAUUUAAUCAGUGAGAAGUAUGAACUUCAAUUUUUAAAAGUUAUAAACCAACGAAACUUGGUGAUGAAGAUAGUGAAAGACAUAUUAAUUGGUAAAGAUAUGUGGGAUUUCCCAGUAUGUAGCUGUGGCUAUAAUUUUGAACAAAUCAUUCUUAAAAUAAUGAGAUCGUCCACAAAUACAUUCCUUAAUAAUUAUUUCUGUUGGUCGGCAUCGGCAGUCCGAGAAGCAACAAGUAAGAUGAAGUCAUUGAUCCACGACCUGCCUGUUACUGAUGAUACCUGCUUAAAGCGAUUAACCUUAAUAAUGCAAGUACAUGAUACGAAGCUUGGAUUUACACUUUUAGAUUCAAUACGUCUUGGAAAAGACAGGACAUCUUCACAAGCGUCUGAUCAUGAUUCUCUCCUUCCAACUGUCAAGCGUGGAAGAGGAUCUGUCAUAAUAUGGGCAGCCAUGACGAGGUUUUUCGCUGGACCAGUCGUAACCCUGAAAGAAAGGAUCACUGGGGACAAGUAUAGAGGCAGUUUAGUUGACCAGAUCCAUCUUAUGAUGUAA